GAUUUUGGCUGUGAUCAGAUAUCUUCUGCUGCCAUGGCAUUGGUGGAUAGCGAAGCCGCCUUCGCUCAGAGAUGCAAGGAGAUUGAUGCCGAGGGCUUGCGCGGGCAGCUGGCCGCGCAAGGAUUAUCAACCUUCGCUAAACUCGCCUACGCUUGCGGCACACCUCAGGAAAGGCCCACUUCUGCCGAGUUUGAUGCCUUUACGGGCCGCAUUCUUGGGGCUGCACCGCGUCUUGGGGAUGUCAGUUUGCUCAAGCGCUUGAUGUUUGAAGCUUCCACGUUUGUCAUUGCGCAACUGAAGCAAGCAGUGCAAUCAGAAUCCACCGAAGUACCGCGGCGCCUGCCAGCGGCAGAGAAAGCUGCUCGCGAAGUUGAGCAACGGAAUCGCUUAGCUGGAGUGAACAUUGAGCGGGAACCCGUGCCAUCACAUGCCCUCGUCGACUUGUGUAAUCACAUGGUUGAUCUCAAUUCCAUCACUUGGAUUUCUCCUAGCAAAUGUACCAGCCGAGAGUCGGAGAUCCAGCUUUCCACACGCGAUCAGUCUAAGGUUUUCAAGCUGGAGGAUCACACGCUUAAGGUUUCUUCAGAGGCGCACAAGGACGAGGCUGAUUACUCGUCGCCUCUGAAGUUGCAGUGGUGCCUUCAGCGCCGCGGCCCUGCCUUGGAUCAAUGCAAGCUCAUGUCCUGGUCCGUGCAUGAAAAGUCGGUGCGCACUCUUUUGCAGUCAAUGACCCGUGACUGCCCUGCCGAUUUCACUCGACCUAAUCUGGCCCAGAUUGUGCAACCUGAUCGUGAGGCCUUUCUCAUUAUGGCUGCUGAGGAUUUGAGGACUGAUCCACGCAUUACCAUGUUCUUGAUGGCAAUGCCGUUCAAAAGGUCUGUGGCUGUGACGGAUGCUGACAGGCCCCCGACUCCGCCAGGUGCCGCAGCUACUGCCAAGACACGGGCUGCCAAGCGUCGUGAGCGGGAAAAGCGUCGUCGUGAGGCGGAGGCUGCGAAACGGGCCGGUGCCGAAGCGCCCCGGCGUACUGACCCGCCUAACAAGGGUGCUCGCUUGACUCCUCUUGCAGAGCUGGCUUCGUGUCAUCAGAAGACCGCUGACGGCAAGGCCAUUUGCUGGUCGCAUAACUUGAAGGCUCUUGACGGUGUACGGCCAUAUGCCAACAUUUUCUUUUUUCCUGUUGUGCCCGAUGCUUCUGACCGCUUCCCGUGUGAAACGGAGGCCGAGUCACUGGCUGUCACUUGUCUUUUGGACGGCCGCAUCAAUUAUGAGCAAUUGCGUCUUUUGAUGGAGGCGCUUCCGGGGGAGAAGCCUGCGCGUGCUUCGGGUCAACCUGUGCCCGUAGGCGAACCCGCCAAAUCUUUUACUACCGGGGCGUAUGUGUAUAGUGAUGUUUGUGGUCUGCGUGCCAACGCCCGCUGCUUUCCAGCAGCUUCCAUGCUGCUUGCAUCCAUUGUUUCUGCAAUUUUCCCUGAUGCAUCCUUCAGUGCUGUCGCGCUCUUUCGGAACAUCUCUACGCCGUUGCACUCUGACGAAAACAACGAACUCGGAUGUGACAAUUUGUUAAUCCCAUGUUCUCAUUUUGAGAACGGCCAGGUCUGGAUUGAGGGUCCCGGCUCGGUGCCUUGCACUCUCGACCCGACUCUUACAGGUUCGUUGCUUGAGACGUCAGGUGGGCCCACUCAGUUCAAUGCACGACUCCGGCACGCCACCUGUGGCUGGACUGGACUGCGACUGAUGCUUGUGGCCUUCCAAGUGCGUAAUAUCAGUACACUACCUGCUGAUGCCCGGGACGCGCUGUGCCGCUUGGCCUUUCGGCCCUGCCGCGCUGAACCCAUGCACCGUUCGGCGUGCGCUGGCCCGGCGUCGACUUUCGACGCGUGUGCUGGUCAGCCUUCACAAGAUCCAGCGUUGUGCACCGACUCCUCCUCGUCCCCCAGCUAUGUCGACCCUGCGUCUUCCGCUGACCAGAGCGUUGAUGUGCCUGUGGUGGCGCCUUCCAAUGACAAUUGCAUGCACGAUGUUUUUCCUGUUCGCAGGUCACCCUUCGUCAUCGAGGAGCACGACCUCAACAUGCUCCUGGACAUCAUCUGUCAAGAACGUGCGGAGAUUGCUCUUGUGCAUCUCGCACCGUCGGUUCAAUUCCCAAUGGGCUUGCCCGCUCUCGAAGGCCAGGAUUUGCUUCGUGUGAUGGCAGCGAACACUUUGUAUGCAGCCGUCGGACGCAUCGUUGAUGUCGCCACCUCCUUUGACAUCCGGGUUACGGUGGAGAACCCUGCCAACUCGCUGGCCUGGCUUUGUGAUGGGAUGAAUGAACUUUUGUAUUACCCUGGCGCAUCCGAGGUGCUUUUUGAUCACUGUAUGCACGGUGGCACUCGUGACAAGUGCACGCGGUGGUGGUGUAGUGAUCAUUUCUUCGAUUCCUUGGCACUUCGGUGCUCCAAGGAUCACCCGCAUGCCUCGUGGAGGCUGCCUACCCUUUGCGACCGCAUUGCUUCUUUGCUGGCCGAUGCUCAUCCUCAUGUGGCUGCUCUGCGUCCUCGGGCGGCGACACAGGUUUUCCUGGACAAACAGCUCCGUUAUGCUCGACCUUUGGUCUCUAACUAUGCGGGUUAUGACACUUGGGCUGUUCCGCUACCUCGUGAUGCCUGGCCCGAUCGCAUCGUUUUGUUGUAUCCCAAGGGCUCCAAGGUGUUGAGACGCAAACUUGUUCCAUGGGGCAGAGUGCGGGUUUGCGCCGAGUCAUUUUGCCCAUCAUUGGAUAGACAGGCGACAGCAUCCUGGGAUGUCACAGUCAAGUUUGCAGAGCCUCAUCGACAUGACAGCAUGGAGUUCGACCCGGCGUGUGAGGAGGUGGCCACACACAAAGUGGUAGCCCUGGUUCUUCCGAAUGAGUGCGGGCCUACCGACGACAUGGCCGAGCUCUUGUGUUUUGGCAUCCCAAGAGAACCUGAUGACUUUAUUCGGCACGCUGUCAUGGCCGGACACCCAAGAAACCUUCUGCAAGAUGCUGUGGAUGGGCCUGCCCAGUCUGUGGCUAAGUGUGUCUUGCUUGGGAAGCAUGAGCGGGAACUGCUCGUCGACAAGACGGUGGCUGCGUGGAAAGUGAUCAGGGAGGAGUGUGCCUCUGACAAUGAGAGGCUUCUUUCACAGGGACCUGAUUAUAUAAGGAAGGUGCUUGCCAAUAAGAAUGUGCUUCUUUGGCGGGACAUCCUGGCCUCGCUUGAUUUUGCUGAUGUGGACCUGUGGAGGGACCUGAAGCAAGGAUUUCGUUUAACGGGGUGGAUGCCUGCAUCGGGAGUUUUUCCAAAACGGCUGAGGCCACCCACCUUGACAAAGGAUGAGCUCCUGUCUCAAUCAGCUUACCGGACCCCUCUUACGGUGAGCUCGAUUGCUAAGGGUGCCAAUGAUGAUGUGGCAAAGGCUACUUGGUCGGAAACCAAGGCGGAGAUCGAGAAGGGGUGGAUAUUUCUCGAUUCUUCGUAUGAUCCUCUCCGCAUUAUCCUGUCGAGGAGAUUUGGACUCCAACAGCGAGACAAGACCCGCGUGAUAGACGACGGCAAGGCGAGUGGUCUGAAUCUACUUUGUGGUUUGAUUGAGCAUUUCACUCUUCAUGGCGUCGACGUCAUCGCUGCAACGCUGAUCUGUCUGUUGAAGCUUGCGAGAGGACGGAAGGGACGUCUCUUGGGCAAAACCUAUGACCUGGUUAGUGCCUACAAGCAAUUCCCUGUGCAUGAGGAAGACAGGAAGGUUCUUCGUACCGGGGUUAUGAAUACGGACACUGGCGAUGUGGCAGUUUUUGGCUCCAACGUUUUAAGCUUCGGUGCUACAGGAAGUGUAGCUGGAUUCCUUCGGAUUUCUGCAGCGCUGUGGCAUGCAGGAGUGCAGGGGUUGGCCAUCCCUUGGCUAGCCUAUUAUGACGACUUUCCAGUUUUUGCUUUCGAGGACGAGGCUGAAUGCGUGGAACGAGCCGCUGAUGCCUUGUUCGACUUGAUGGGCGUGGAGUACGCCAAGGAAGGGAAGAAGGCAACGAAUUUCAGUACAUCGGUGUCAGCUCUUGGAUUGGUCUUCGACUUAUCUGAGUUUUCAGACGGUCGUGUGACGAUCCGUCACACGGAACGAAGGGCCCAGGAGCUGCGUGAAACUCUCAGGCAUCAUCUGGACCACGGGGCUUUGUCACCCAAGGAGGCUGAAGUGUUGCGUGGCCGUUUGCACUGGUACAGCUCAUAUCUUUUUGGUCGAGGACCCGCUGUUGCUAUGAAGACUUUAUCUCGCCGUGCACAGGGGCGAGAGGGUUCCAACUUCGUGAACAACGAGCUUCGUGGCGCAUUGGACAAGCUUCUUGACCAUGUUGAGAAUGCGCCACCUCUUUGCAUCAACGUGGCUUCGGGGAGGACUUUCUUCCUCUUCACGGACGGCUCUUAUGAGCCCUCUGGGGAAGUGGUGGCAGGCAUUGGUGGAAUUCUCUACGAUGUUGCUGGCAUGCCAGUAUCUUUUUUCAGCGGCUCAGUGCAUCCGUCUGAUUUGGAUGUUAUGCUUGAUACGUCAUCACAUCCCAUCUAUGAGAUCGAGCUCUAUGCUGUGCUGGCAGCCUUCCGAUGUUGGGGAACCUUACUCAAGGAUUCCUUCACGGUAGCCUACAUCGACAAUUCGGCUGCCCAGGCUGCCUUGGUUGCAGGCUCGUCAGGUACUGAGCUCGGUUCGAGAAUUGUCGAGUUGAUUGGUGAAGCUGAAUCUGCGGUUUUAUGUCGACCGUGGUAUAGCUGGGUGCCCACUCACUCUAACCCGGCCGAUCCACCAAGUAGAGGCGAGGUUGCGUCUUUGAUCGAACAGGGGGCUGACAGGGUGUUCUCUACGCAACGACUGCUUUCUGGAUGA